CAAAACUCUCAUGCUCUCGAGCUACAGCUGGGAGACGCGCGCUCCUGCUCGGCUGAGGUUGGUGUGAGGUUUAGGGCGAUAUGACAACGAAUAAAACACACGUUCAGGAUUAAAACGCACAAACGGGAGGUGGCGAGUGUUGAGGUUUGUUGGUUUAGUUUCUUUAGUUUUUUUUCCGUCUGCGUGUUGGGACCGUUAACGCACGCGGUGAUCAUCAGAAUCGGCUGGUGAUGAGUUUAGCGAUGGAGAGCCGAGUCGCGCGCCGCUGUAAGGUUGUAGUUGUAGGAGACUCGCGCUGUGGGAAAACCGCGCUGCUGCACGUGUUCGCUAAGGACUCGUAUCCAGAGAACUAUGUGCCGACCGUAUUUGAGAACUACACAGCGAGUUUUGAGAUUGACAAGCGCCGCAUCGAGCUCAACAUGUGGGACACAUCAGGCUCUGUCUAUUAUGACAAUGUUCGUCCAUUGGCUUAUCCUGACUCGGAUGCAGUUCUUAUCUGCUUUGAUAUCAGCAGACCAGAGACACUGGACAAUGUGUUAAAAAAGUGGCAAACUGAGACUCAAGAGUACUGUCCCAAUGCGAAGGUAGUGUUAGUGGGCUGUAAGAUGGACAUGAGGACGGACCUGAACACACUACGAGAGCUGUCCAAAUUCAGACUGAUCCCAGUCACACAUGAACAGGGAACUUCUCUGGCACGGCAGAUCGGCGCCGCAGCCUACGCCGAGUGCACGUCCAAAAACUCAGAGGACAGCGUGCGGGACGUUUUCCAUGUCGCAACUGUAACGUCCGUCGGUCACGACACCCAGCAGCUGAAGCGCUCCGGAUCAAGGCGAGGUCUUAAACGCUCUUCCCAGAAUCCUCAGCGCUCCGAGAUCCUGGAGCGACGCAAAGACCGCGCUAAGAGCUGCACACUGAUGUAGGAGUCAUGACCCCGUGAUGUCACCUUCUACAAUAUGAACACGCUUUAUAUUUUCUGUUUGUUUUUUAGCACUAAAUUUGAUACCGAUAUCUGAGGUGGAAGUACAGACGUCUCGAGCAGAUCUAUUUAUUAACUUUAUUUUUUUAACGCUUAAUUCUUUGGCAUCACAGAAAAGCGAGUUGGUGAUAAAACCACAACAUUUUAUACACGUGUAUAAAAAUCCUUCUUUUUUUUAAAAUAUAUUACCAUUAAUUCAAUAUAUUUAUUAACUUUUUAUUAAAGAAAUGUAAAGGUUUGCAUUUAUUUUCACUUAGAGACAUUUAGAGAGAUUUGUUUAGUUCUCAACAUACAGGAGGCAAAGACUUCACUGAUUUUAAAAAAUAUAUUAAUUCAUUUUUUGGGAUAAGUGGAUGGGUUCGGGACACAAAGGGAAAGAAAUUUAUAGAAACCCUGGAGUUAAUCUCCUGAAUUGUUGAAGUAAAGAAGAAGCUUUGCUAUUUCCUGUAUGUUUGGUGGUUUCCUGCAAGCGCCCAAGGCCUGAUUCCAUGAGAUAAUUCCCUCUUUUUUUGUUUAUACUAUAUUAGUUUGUUGCUUAGUGUAACAUAUGAGCUUGAGAGACAUAAGAUGCACUUUAUUUUUUUAUUUAAUUUUUUAUUCCUCUUUAGGUCACAGGGUUAUUGUUUUAUUGUUUUCCUUCACAGAGACAUGGGCUGGAUAAAUUGAUAUUUUACAGAUGACAUCAAAGUAUAAAAAAUCUAAAUAGAACCGAUUUCAAAGUCAUAAUGAUUGGGCAAAAGUUAUUUGGUCUGUGAUGUAACUUUAUAUGAGGAGUUUGUGUGUGAUCUCAUUUCCUGUUUUUCUGUUGAGGAGAGAGACAGAAAUAAAGGGCAAAAAGGCAAGAAUUAGCUGAGAGGCAUUUUUAAAAAAAAUCACAGAAAUUGCACAGCAGAGGAAUACACACGUUAUGGGCUAUGAUGUUUUUCUUGUCUGUUUUUAGAAAACCUCCAUUUUGAACAUCACAGAGAUCACGGCACUAAAUAAACACAAAGGUGGCAUGAAAACAUGAUGGAACAGCAUAUAAAUUUGUGUGUGGAUGUUGUAAAAUUUUAUUAAAAAAAAUAAAACUGA